ACCUCUACCUCCAUGGCUGCUCACCUUCGUGUCAGCAGAGAGUUCCAUUUCUGAGCAAUGGAGGUUUUAGGGUUUGUCAGGAUGUUCAGAACGAUGCCGUAUCAAUACACUCAAAAGAGAGGUUUUUCAGAGGUUUCCAGAAACGGUGUCUUCCCGGUUCUGAUCGUCGGCGCCGGACCCGUCGGUCUCGUUCUCUCUAUCCUUCUCACCAAACUUGGGGUCAAAUGCGCAAUUUUGGAGAAAAGCAAAACUUUUUCUAAACAUCCACAGGCGCACUUCAUCAACAAUCGAUCUAUGGAGGUGUUCCGAAAAUUGGAUGGCUUGGCAGAUGAGAUCCAAAAGUCUCAACCUCCAGUAGAUUUGUGGAGGAAGUUCAUAUACUGCACAUCACUCUAUGGCUCUGUUCUUGGGUCAGUAGACCAUAUGCAACCUGAAGAUUUUAAGCAAGUUGUCAGCCCCAUCUCCGUUGCUCACUUCUCACAGUACAAACUUACCGCAUUACUUCUUAAGCAGCUGGAAAAUCUCAGUUUCCGUGUCCAUAAUUGGGAAGGGUGGGAAGGCCUUAAUCAUGGGCAUGUCAGGGAAAAGCAGAUAUUGAUGGGGCAUGAGUGUGUAUCUAUAGAUGCCACUGAUGACUGUAUUAAUGUAACUGCAUCUUUUCUGAAGGAGGGGAAGUGUAUGAAGAGAAAUAUACAGUGUAGUAUCCUUGUUGGUGCAGAUGGUGCAGGAAGUACAGUGAGAAAACUUGCAGGAAUAACCAUGAAAGGUGAAGAAGACUUGCAAAAGCUAGUCAGCAUUCAUUUUUUGAGCAAGGAGCUUGGACAAUACCUACUCAAUGAGAGACCUGGGAUGCUAUUCUUUAUUUUCAAUACUGAAGCAAUAGGGGUUCUGGUUGCUCAUGAUCUCAAGCAAGGGGAAUUUGUAUUUCAGAUACCAUUCUAUCCACCUCAGCAAAGCCUUCAUGACUUCAGCCCCGAGGUAUGUGAGAAGUUAAUCUUCAAAUUGGUUGGCCAAGAGCUUGUAGACAUAGAUGUAAUCGAUGCAAAGCCAUGGGUGAUGCAUGCUGAAGUUGCUGAGAAGUUUGUAUCCUGUGACAACCGAAUACUACUUGCUGGUGAUGCUGCUCAUCGUUUCCCUCCAGCUGGUGGUUUUGGAAUGAAUACCGGUAUUCAAGAUGCUCAUAAUCUUGCCUGGAAAUUAGCUUCUCUUGUGAAGGGUAUUGCACCAUCUUCAAUUCUUCACACUUAUGAUACAGAACGUAGACCGAUUGCCAUUUUCAAUACUGAGCUUAGUAUUCAGAACUUCAGAGCAGCCAUGGCAGUGCCUGCUACACUUGGUCUUGAUCCAACUGUUGCAAACUCAGUACAUCAAGUUAUCACCAAUGGCAUUGGUUCCAUUUUACCUUCUGGACUACAGAGGGCAGUUUUGGAUGGAAUUUUCACUAUAGGUCGUGCACAGGUCUCAGAAUAUCUUUUGAAUGAAAAAAACCCAAUUGGAUCUUUUAGGCUUGCUAAACUAAGGCGUAUAUUUGAAGAAGGAAAGAGUCUUCAACUCCAGUUUCCUGCAGAGGAUCUUGGUUUCAGGUAUCUCAAAGGAGCACUUGUACCUGACAGUGACAGUGCACAGGAUGCACUGGAAGCACCUACUGGCCGUCGGAGGGACUAUAUUCCCACUGGAGCUCCUGGGUCAAGGCUACCCCAUAUGAAUGUGAGAUUAUUGUCAAAUCUAACUAGUGAGGAGAUUUGCUCUACCCUGGAUCUGGUAUCAGGAGAUAAAGUAGAGUUCCUUCUCAUUAUAGCCCCAGUAAAGGAGUCCUACCAGCUAGCUCAUGCCGCAUUGAAGGUGGCAGAGGAAUUUAAAGUUUCUGCCAAGGUCUGUGUAAUGUGGCCUAGUAACACUGACACUGGAGUUAAAAUAAGUAGUGCAGGGGCAUUGAUGGCUUGGGAGAGCUACGUAGAUGUGGUGGAAGUGGAAGUUAAGAGGUCAUCGACAGUGAAGUCAUCGUGGUGGGAUAUGUGUCAGAUGACUGACAAAGGAGCCAUCCUAGUGAGGCCUGACGAGCAUAUUGCUUGGCGUGUUAAGGCAGGAAUUAUUGGGGAUCCCAUCUUGGAGAUGCAACGGGUUUUCUCUGCCAUUUUGGGAGUUGAGUCCUCUACAGCACCCCUCCCCCAUACGCAUAUAUGAAAGAAGUUGUCAAUGCUCAAUGAGACAGAUAUUUAAACUACCUGCAUCUGGAUAGGAGGGAGCACUCAUCUUCCACUAGAUGUGCCCUCCAUUUGUAGUAGUAGCUGCAGAGUCCUAGCAAUUUGGAUGGGUUUCUUUUAGGA